AUGGCGAAGGAUGUCAGGAACCCUGAGUUCUGGAACAAGUUCAUGCAGCGGCCGGAGGUGCAGGCCGCCAUGCGGUCCAAGCUGAAGUACGAAAGCGCUGCAGAGGCCGCUCAGCGAACGAAGCUGGACAAGCUUGAGCGAAAGCAGCGCAGGUACGAGAUCAUGAACGAAUUGAUGAAGUGUGCAACCAAUGUCAAGCACCUGAUCUCGCCGAUGUUCCGGUAUAAGAUCACACAGCAGUACCUAUGGAAGGUGCUUUGCGAAGCUCGCAAGGAAGGCUUGCUCUUCUGCGACAAGCUUCGGCAGCCGCAAGUCUACCAUAGGCUUCAAGCCAUCAAGGCCGAGAUCACUGCCGGUCCUUACGGCGUUGCCGGCUGGCAGGCGGAAGAAGAGGUGGAAGAGGACCUGAUGGACAAGAUGGUCGUCGAAGCUGACUGUAUUCCAGGUGGCAUUGACGGUGAGGCGCCAGACAGGAAGCAGGUUUUGGACAGACGCGAGAUUCAGGGAGUCCUUGACUUCGGGCAGCGGAUCAAGUCAGAAGGGAAUGAGGCCUUCAUGAACGAGAACUGGGAAGGGGCUCUGACACGGUACUGCCAGGGAGAUGAGAUGCUGAAGAACUUCGCUGCUGAGCCACACCUCGACAAGGAAAACAAGGAGCUGAAGACCAUGCACCGCCAGUGCUUGAACAACAAGGCCAAUGCAGCCCUGAUGGUAGAUCAGUGGCAGACGGCUUUGCGGGCGGCAGAUUCUGCCCUCAAGCUGAAGAUGGAUGACGAGAAGGCAUUGUUUCGAAAAGCGCAAGCUCUCGAGGGUCUUGGUCGAACAGAGGAGGCACUGGAGGUGCUGAACGAAGUGGAAGAGAUUGCUGGUGACAUGGACGAGGAGUUCAAGGAACAGAUCCUCGAUGAUGUGCGCGAGCGAAAGGAGGAACUCAAGGCAAUCGAGCGAAAAGCAGCGAAGGACUUCAACAGCAUGUUCAAGGCCAUGGGUGACAAGCAGGUAUUUGGCAGUGGACGCUUCCUCGCGGAUGGCACCUCUCCGCCACCAGCUCUCACAGGCGCAGAAGAACGGAAAUUGAAGCGCAUCAAGGCCACUCAGACGUCUGUGCAGGAGCAAGAAGAGUACAGGACCGCGAAGGCCAAAUACGAGCUGGAGCAGAGGAGGGCGGGGAUGGCUGGGCUACUGCUCUCGGCAGGGCUUUUCGUGCCUCGCAAGUCCAAGUCGGGGACCCUUGCCGUACCGCGCGUCCACUGUCGUCGGCGUGUCUUUUCAGGCGGAGCAGGGUUGCGGCAAAGGCUGGCUCGAGGAAACGGCUUGCCCGAGCUCCAGCUUUACAGUGUUCACGAUGAUCCUGAGCUAGCAGCUGACAUUUUCCGCGAUGUGGGCUUCGUGCUGAUACCUGGUGCGGUGAGCGACCAGCACUGCUCUGAGCUGCUGGCGGGAUGUCAAUCGGAGGAAGCUGAGAUUCUGCACAGAGACCCUGCCGGUGUUGGUAAUCGUGGGCACGGUCGAUACUCCCUGGGUGAGGCUCAGAGCACUGGCCAUCUCCUGCAUCGUGCGGAGUGGGCGUCCUUGGUGGACCUUGAGAAGGUCACUCCAGUCUUGCAGAGGAUCUUUGGCAAGUCCGGCUACGUCUGUGCAGGUGCCGGUGGGGAUUUCGUGCUUCCGAACACAUACGAGUACCAACCGCUGCAUGUGGAUCUGGACUUUCCGGGUUGUCAGAAGCAGUCAGCUUCGCCGGUGGUAACCUUGAACGUACCAUUGCUGCCGCUGACCUGGGAGAACGGUCCAACGCGCUUCAUCCCUGGCACGCACCUCCCUGCUUCCUGGCAACCGCCUCCGCCAGCCUUGGAGCCGGAGGCCUGGAAACUCUUCACCUUCUGUCCCAUCGCCGCAGGCACCGCCAUCCUGCGUGACAACCGGGCCUGGCACGGAGGAACUCCCAACCUGUCUCAGACAAGCCGGUUCCUGCCAAACGUCGAGUUUGCGGCUACUUGGUGGUGCGUCGGAUCGACCGACGAGCUGUGGCGGAAUCCUUGGAAGCUUGCUCCACGCUGCAUGCCCAGAGGCAUCUAUGAGAGGCUGUCGCCCUUCGCCAAGCAUGUUUGCAGGCUGGUGGUCACGGACGACCCCUCGCUGACGUACGGUGUGCGUGAAGGCAAGCCCAUCAUCGACCAGCCGAAGGAGCCCGAGAUGCCCACCCCCAACAGGCCACCUUUUGGAUACCGGUCAGCGGAUCGGACAAGGACCCUCACCAAGGCGCAAGCGGAGCAGCUUCUGGAGGACUCUGUGCUCCAGCAGUCUGGACUGUCCACAGAAUCGUGGAGUGCAGGUGUGUGCUUGGAAGUUCUGGUGUGCACAUGA